UGGGGGGAUUGGGGGGAGGGGGAGAUGUAGAUUGAGGUUGGGGUGGGCAUUGCGGGUUGCCGAAGGGAGUGGGAGUGUGUAUGGUUUGCCGAAUGAGAAUAGUUGCUGGGAUGAGAAUGAAAAAAAAGUAACGGGACGUCGUCCUUCCAGUCGUUCCCAUCUCCGCCCGGAAUGGGACGCGUGAGGUGAGGGUUCCGCCGUCGCACUUCCGCCCUCCUUCCUUCUCGCUUCCCAUACUCCAUACUGGCAGGCGGGCAGGCUGGUAAGGCGCAAGUGCUUCCGGGCUGUCGUCCUCGUAAGGCGGUCUCGCUCAUUUCCCGGCCUUCCACGGAUGACUCCGCACGCAGCACUCCCAUAAGAGAGAGUUCACACCUCCCACCCACCUCACACUGCCCUCCAUCCCGCCGCCGCCCCUUCUCACUCCACACACACCAAAUGUCCCGUCUCCCCACCUCCUUCAGAGCUCUCCACACCCUCACUUCACUCCGGAGUUCAAUAAUACCUUCUGCGUCUCACUUGACCUUCGCUCGACCACUACCCACAGUCAGUGGCCGCUCGUUACAACAACACCACCUCACACCCCGAUCCAUUUCCUCAACGCCACAGCCCAAACCACCAUUGCACAGCACCGCCCUCAGAUCCCCUUCCCAACCCCCGCCAAAUAAAAUGCCAACCGACCCAUCCACAACCACCCCCCUCCUACCGCCCACAAUCACAACCCCAUUCACACCCCCACCAUCCCCCCUACCGUCAUCAGCGGCCUCCGCGGCAGCCACAGCAGCCCUCGCAUCCCUCCACCCGCGCUUCUCAAAGGGCUGGUGGUGGGACUGGAGCGUCAUCUUCCUCGUGUUUGGGAUCACGGGUUCGACCACGGUUAGGGUUGUUAAGCCCUUCUUGGAGAGGGUUUUGGGUAUUGAGGGAACAUUUAUAGAAGGACCCUGGAGUUACCGCAUCGCCUACCUUCUGACCACGCUGCCGCUGUACUCGGCGAUCCUGUUGACGGUCGGGCGGAUCUUUGGACGUGGGCCGUAUUUCAGAGCCGUGGCGUUGAGGAUGUGGGGGCGGUUUUUGCCGAGGAGGUUGUUGAAGCAGUAGGAUUUUGGCGGUGAGGACAAGACUUGAGAAUGGGCGAGAAGAGUCAUACUGGGGAUACGACCGACAUCGCAUGCGUGUGCACUUUGGUCGUUCCAGCAACCCGCCGUGCGCCAUCCGCUUAAUGCUGCAGUUGAAAC